AUGUUUUCUAAGAAAAAGAAGAAGCCUCUUAUUUCACCACCAAGUAAUUUUGAACACAGAGUGCACACUGGUUUUGAUAGAAGAGAAAACAAGUUUGUUGGUCUACCAUUGCAAUGGGCUUCACUAGUUGGAAAUAACCAGAUAUUAAAAUCUUCAAAUCGACCAUUACCUUUAGUUGAUCCUUCAGAAAUCACACCAACAGAGAUUUUAGACCUAAAAACUGUUGUAAGAGGUGAUCACCGGACAUCAUCAGUUGCAGCCAUUUCAAGACCAACUUCCACAAACCCAAUAACACAACCUGUACAGAAUGGUGUUAUAUUACCAAAAAUGUCUAAUGUUGCUCGGUCAAACUCUUUGAGGAGUUCAAGUCCACCAAGAAUAAGAAGAGACUUGAGAGGUCAGGCAAAUAUUCCACCAUCAGUACCUGAAGAGUCACCUUCUGUACAACAAGCACCACAGUACCCAAGUUUAAGGCGUGAACAGAGCAAUUAUACACUUAAUCAGCCAGUUCGAGAAUCACCUGAUGAAUGGUCUCAACAUGCUCAUGAAACAGCUAUAAGAUCGAUGAAUGACGUUAAUGAAAAUCCACAAUCAAAUAUUACAUAUCAAAACAUACAAAAUGCCAAUGUUCCAUACCAACACAGCCACCCACCUCCUCAGCCUACUUUGCAUCAACCACAAAUUGGAAUGAAUGGAAACAAUAUAAAUAUAGGUGAUGCAUAUGGCGUACGAAUACAACAUCCGGGUGCCCCAGCUCUCUCUGCCUCUAAACACGAGCUACGCUUGACACAUGAACAGUUCCGCGCUGCUCUCAGACUCGUAGUAAGCGAGGGUGAUCCUCGGGAGACGCUAACUGGCUUCAGCAAGAUUGGGAAGGGAAGUACGGGGGUGGUUUGCGUAGCCACAGACACGAGGACUCGGCGACGAGUAGCCGUCAAGAUGAUGAACCUACGCAAUCAGCAGAGGAGGGAAUUGCUGUUUAAUGAAGUGGUAAUAAUGCGAGACUAUCCACACCCAAACAUCGUAGAAAUGUACGCAUCGUACCUUGUCGGGAAUGAAUUGUGGGUCGUCAUGGAAUAUAUGGCGGGUGCUUCGCUCACACAAAUUGUGACGCGCGCGCGCAUGGACCCAGAACAAAUAGCCACAGUGUGCAAGCAGUGCUUAAAGGCGUUGGCGUUUUUACAUGGACAAGGUGUUAUUCACCGAGACAUCAAAUCUGACUCGAUUUUGAUGACUGCUGAUGGACGCGUCAAACUUUCUGACUUCGGAUUUUGUGCUCAGGUUUCACAGGAGCUACCAAAGCGUAAAUCCCUAGUAGGGACACCAUACUGGAUGUCCCCAGAAGUUGUAUCUCGAUUGCCUUAUGGCCCAGAGGUGGAUGUGUGGUCAUUGGGCAUUAUGGUCAUUGAAAUGAUUGAUGGGGAACCCCCAUUCUUUAAUGAACCACCGUUGCAGGCCAUGCGUCGAAUCCGGGACAUGCCUCCCCCCCAGGCCCCGUGGAGCGUCUCGCUGCCCUCCAGACCUGACUUCGUUCCUGGAGUGCGCCUUAUACCUUUGAUGCCACAAUGA